UCCGUUUCCCUUUCUUUUCGUCUUCACGUUUCCGGUGACGGGAGUAUUACGAUACGUUCGCGUUCGUGUAACUUUGUGUUUGCAAAUCAAUCCAGAAUGUUUAUGCCAAAGGCCCAUCGUGUCGCGAUCUACGAGUACCUCUUCAAGGAGGGCGUGAUCGUGGCCAAGAAGGAUUUCCAUGCCCAGAAGCACCCGGAACUGGAGUCGAUCCCCAACUUGCACGUGAUCAAGGCGAUGCAGUCGCUCCACUCGCGCGGACUGGUUAAGGAGCAGUUCGCCUGGCGCCACUACUACUGGUACCUCACCAACGAGGGAAUCGAGGAGCUGCGCAGCUACCUCCACCUGCCGCCCGAGAUCGUGCCCUCGACGCUGAAGCGCCCUGCCCGCUCGGAGACCGUCCGUCCCCGUCCCGCCGUUGGCGGCCCACGCGGACCCGGUGACGCCUCCAAGACCGGAGAGGAUCGCUCCGCCUACCGACGUGCUCCCGGCGGCAGCGGAGUGGACAAGAAGGGCGAUGUUGGACCCGGUGCCGGAGAGGUCGAGUUCCGUGGCGGAUUCGGACGCGGAUCGCGCAACUAAACAACCCAGGCGCUUCAGUUUUUUUUUCUAAUGUAUAAAAAAUUACUCAGUAAAAUGUUCAACUGAAGAUCCAUACCCUUAACAAUAGAAGAAACCAACAUCUGAAAAAUGUGUGUGUGUUUUAUGAUAUGACGAUCAAUUAUAAAGCAAACGCAAGUGAAAUUCCGUGCUCCCCUCUAUUUUUUUUUUUUGUUUUGUUUUUGUUGUUUGGUCCAGUGAUUGUGGUGUGCAAAUCGGACGUGGAUUCAGAUCCCAAGCGUGGCUAAAUAGUAUAGUAAACCCGAUGCCCGGCCAAACUGAAACUGCUAACCCAACACAUUUUUGCAAGAAGCUCUUCAGAUAACUUUAGAAGUAGGAUUUUGCAGAUAAUUCAGUUUAUUUUGCGAGGUUCUGUCGAGAGGAAAGAAGGAAUUCUAGCGUAAAUACGUUUUUUUGAAUACAAUACAUGCAUUCAAUUUUGGUAAUUUCAAAAGAUUGUUGUAUAUAGAUUUGGAUAUUUGUCGAUUUGUAGCUCUUUAUUAUAAAAAUAUGUGCAGAAAUUCAUCGCAUUCGUUUAUAGCUGUGUGCCAAAACAUAGUAGACUUGGGUUGGAAUAAACCAGUUGGCUCGAAAUACUACAUUCAAAUAUUUAAAUAACAUUAGAAUCCAAUUGCUCAUAACAAAAACGGCAUGAAUUGCAAGGACAUAGAUUAAAUUUGAUUUACCAUCAAAGGAAAUGGUAUAUUUUCUAAACGAUAAGCCAAAAUCUUCGUAUGUGGAGGAACGUAACUUAAAUGCUCAAUUUCGUUUUAUUUGUUCACGCUACUUAAACGUUCACAAUUAGUUAAAUAACUAGUUUACUUAAAUAGUCUUCUUUUGCUCACGAGCAUCCUUUUGUUGUUCUGUAGCUG